UGCACUGCAAUCAUUGCAGCCCUAGGAUUGCAGCCUAAAAUGUAAAUAACAAUGGUGCGAAUUUUUCAACCUCCUAAGCCAGCCCAAUAGCUUUUUAACAAGGUGUAUGUAUCUGGGCUUUUCAAUAAGCUAAAUGCCCAAUAUUUUGAAGAAUGGUGCGAAUAUUUAGUUUAAACACAUAUUUAACGGGUUUAAUAGGAUUAUUAGCUGUAUUUGGUGACUAUUUAGUAGCGCACACCAAUUUGCACAUCUUUCAAGCAAUAUUUGACAAUGCUACACAUGGAAUAAUUGGAGGAGUAUCUUGGUUUCUAGUUCGGCACAAUUUUAAGAAUGUUUCUGCAGUCGACACUAUAAAUGAGGUGGCAGCAUGCACAUUUAUAGCUUGCUUUAUUGAUAUAGAUCAUUUUUUAAAAGCCAAGUCAAUUUAUUUGGAGGAUGCUACAAAUCUUUCAUCAAGACCGUUUUUGCAUUGUUCAACAUAUCCUUUUUUAUUAUCUAUAUUAUUUCUCACAAUUUCAUAUGCAUACCAAAUAAAUAAGCUCAAAGUGGCUGGCCUACUAAUGUUAACUGCAUUUGCCAGCCACCAUACAAGAGAUGCAACAAGAAGAGGCUAUUGGUUCCAUCCAUUUGGGUCCACUCCACCUAUACCAUACAUAGUUUAUGUAGGAUUAACAUGUAUCAUACCAUAUGUUAUUUGUGUUUUUUAUUCCAUUAUAAAAAUAGAACAUAAUUCUGAUAAAAUUGAUGUGAUAUAAGUAGGUAAAAUAUUUAUACAAUUAUGUAGGUGUGUAAUAAAGAGAUUAUUACAUAUUUUUAUUCAAAGCCUUUUUCAGAGAUAUGCAUUCAAUCAAUCAAUGAUAAGAUAAAAUAUUUGUUUAAUGAACUACAUUAGUAGUUUUAAGCUUAGUUUAG